UCACAUUCCUCAGGCUACACGUCCUCCCUCAGAGUGAGCACGAAGCGUCCGAGAUGAGGACAUGCUAACCUGACACUUAGGCCCAGACUAAGAGAAUCAUUGAAAUCAACUUCAUCCAUGUCUAUUACAUCUCGGAGGGAGGGAGGGAAGCAGGCUGCGCGCUAACGCAGAGAGCGUGGAGAAGAUGUUAAUGUGAGGCAGUUCCCAUGUUACCCACGGUGUUCCCACAUUAGCAAACAUCUUCGGGAUUCAGUAGCCGAUUAUUUCGUCAUCGCUAAGAUGCAUUUACCGUUUUUUUCUUUUGGCUUUCAUACAGCCUGCCUUACGGUACACACCCAGCAAUUGAGCAGGUAAAAUGCAAUCCAGGUAUCAAAAAAUAUAUAUUCAAUCCAUUACAAGUGAAAUACUCCCCUUUGAGCGUACAACCUGCACGGUGUUUUUCACUUUACGCGUUGGGCGUGUGCCUUCACCUAGGAAUUAGAGCUCCCGUGAAGCGCGCUCUCGUGAGGCGCGCUAUCGAGCGCCUCUAGUCCGUUCGAAAUGGGCCUCGAAAAGGAGAAAUCCGAGACUAAGGUACUUGUGGAUCAUGUUGACGGUGAUGAUGGUGGCGGUCUCAGCCGAUCAAUGACACCGAUUCUGGGCUGGAAUGAGAAGGUGUCCCGGGUGGCUGAAGACAGAGAUCCUCACGGCAUAAACGCAGAGCUGCAGGUUGCCUUUCCCGACAUCAUCGGCGAGCCGCCCGGCGUCCACAGUUUCGACGCGGUGUGGAUCUGCAGCCACUCCGCGCUGGAGCUGCUGAAAUACUCGCUUUACCGGCUGCUCACCGCUCUGCUCGCUGUGCCGGUUUCAUUUAUAGCCGGACUUCUGUUCGCCGUCACCAGCUGCAUAAAUAUUUGGCUUAUCACGCCUCUGAUGCGAAGCUGCGUCAUGGCCGUGUCCCCGGUUAAAACCAUCUGGAGCAGCUGGACCCUGCUUUUCGUCGAGCCCUUCUUCCGGAGCGCAGGGCGCUGCCUUGCGGCACUUAGUGUCCGAGCUGAGGAUCACUGAGACGCAGGGAACUCCAGAGGCUGAUGCUUAUGAGCAACGCCCUUUGCUAACUUUAUUAAUCUAGAGAGUAAAACAAACGUAUUAAUAUGAACAUUACUUGUCUACAACAUUUGGUGUCAUAUGAACAAAAUGUGGCAUAUCACUGAAUAGUACCUAUGUGGCAUUUUCACUAUACAGUGGUAUUUGAGUUCCUGCCUUAACGAGCCAUAAUUAAAUACCCACGUCGGGUAUCCAAGUGAAGAAAUCCAGGAGAAACAAGUACCAUCCAAACGCAGGAGAAGCAUAGCAAUGAAAUGAGGGCGAUUCCCAGUGACAAAUCAUUGCAAUAAGAGCCCAAAACAGAAGGUUACAUUUAUUGUCUUUUUAAAUAUUGUUUUCGUUUCUUAUUUUUCAACAUAAAUGUGCCUAUUAAAUAAAUGUCUGUUUAUAAACUGUUAGAAAAGAGGGUACAGCCCUGGUAGAUUGUACAGCUAGGGUACAAUUGGCAGACCCUUGAGAUUACAGCCCCUGUGACGCCAUAAUUGUACCACCAAGGGAACAAAUUGGCAUUUUUUUUCUGACAGUGCAUUACUAUGAAAUGUAAUAUAUAGUACUGGAAAAUAAUAAUAAUAGAAUGAAUAUAAACACAAAUGCACAUUACAUGUUUGUUAUGCUGAAAUAGGCAUUUCGAGUGUCACGGAGCAUUGGGGAGAUUAAUCAGGUUUACUUGGAUGGACGACGACCUAAUAACGAUUUGGUAAUUCCCGAUAGUCGAGCUUGUGUUGUUCGAGGAACCAGUUACCCAUAAAUCCAGGGUACAUAGACAGAUGCUUUAUCUGUGAUGCAAGGUUGGGAUUGAACUUGUGAUUGUAAUAUGGAUCUGUGUGCUUUAUGUAUGACUUUGUUUAGCUUUUGUUACGGCUGACCUGUUUUAAUGCUCUGUAAGGGUGUUUUUGUCAAAGUGAUGCAGUUGUGUUAUUGUAAUGUCGGGCAAAUAACAACAAUAAUAAAAACAGAAUUAACAAGUG